GCCAGCUAGCCAGCUACUGACACAAAAUUCUUACCUGGACUGAUCUCAUAAUCCCACUGAGAUAUAUCUCCCAUUGGGCACCAACCAUUUCAGUAUCAAGCUAAAAGACCUAGUACUUAGGGGCCGACAUCUAGCUUUUUCGAGUUAUCGGUACCCCCGACCCUCGGAAUUUGAGGGCGGAAUUGGCCCCGAUGCUGGUGGUAUUUAUUAAUUUCUCCCUCCCGACUCCCUACUCCGGACCUCUUGUUUCUUUCAACGGGGGGAGUUCGGGAGAAAAGCUUAUUUCGUUGUUUGUGCUUUUUCUUUCUUGUGUCUUGGGAAUAAUGAUCGGAUAGGUAGGUAUGAGCGCCACCAGCACUGCAGCCCCCACGGAAAGUGGUACGGGCGUUAUUUCUGCCCCAACCGGAGUGGCCCCGGAUUUGACAGAUCCAACAAGACAUUAUCAUCUGGCGAAUCUGGUGGUGGUUAUUGUGGGUGUCACUGUCAGUGCGUUGUGUUUGUUGGUGAGAAUAUAUACCCGGGUGGUGAUUGUGCGGAAAUGGUACCUGGAUGAUGUCGUUAUCGUGGCUUCAUGGAUUUUCGCAGCUGUCACUCAGUCAGUACUUUUAUAUGGAUACACCCAUGCCGGUCUCGGUGUCCACGAAUGGGACCUUGAAACCCCCGUAUACUACAAGACCCUCCAAGUCCUCCUCGCUGGCGCCCUAACCUACAUCCCCGCUCUCGGUCUCUCCAAAAUCUCCCUCAUCAUCCUCUACUACCGCCUCUCCGACAUGCAACGAAGAUGGCGCAUCACAUUAUGGUCCAUCACCGCCUUUGUGGUUUCCUACAUGGUCAUUCUCGAAUGUUGUUUUCUGUUCAGCUGUCGGCCAGUUUAUAAAGCGUGGCACCCCUGGGUGGAGGGACAGUGUCUGGGUCGCGCACCGAUAUUUCUCUCUGGUGUGGUCGCCAGUAUCUUCACCGACAUCAUACUUAUGGGAAUGCCGUUGCCUAUUGUGGCGAGGUUGAAAAUGGCGUCUAGAAAACGGGUCGGGCUGGCGUGUAUGUUUGGGUUGGGGGGGUUGUCACUGGUGACGAGUAUCCUCCGGCUCUCAGCAACCAUCCCUAUGUUGACGCAAGACGAUCAGACGUUUCUGUUGGGGAAGAUGGCGUUGUGGAUUAAUGUCGAGGCGAGUCUGGUUAUCGUCACAGCUUGCAUCCCGUGCUUUCGACAGGUUAUGAGAUUUCAUACCUCUGGGUCGUGGAGUGAUAGUGGGGGUCAGAUCGGGAGGAUGUCGAGUACGUAUAACCUCCGCAGUGCGCAGCGCAGACAGGAAGGAUUCACAAACUUGAGUAAUGAUGUGGAAAUGGAUCCGCAUGGUUCUGCUGGGCAUGAGCCGGAGGAGGUGAGGAUCUAGAGGGAUGUUCGGGUGAGGAUGUAGGAAAACUGUGUAUAAUACCAAAAUGGUUCCUGGUGAUUAACAUUAUACUCUAAUGUCAG